UACAUAUAUAAAUCAAAUAUUGUGUGUUUUAUAAUAUGUAGGAAGUUAUGAGUGUAUACAAAAUUUUUAUAUGCACACAUACAUGUAAUCAACCACAAGCAGCACUUGUAAUUGCGGAAUCGCAUGUAUUUUCCACGUUAGUAGUAUUAUAUCACUUCACAUGGGAAACAAGCACUUGAUCGUGAGUAAAAGUUUUCAUUAAAGUGAAACUUUGAACUGGUUUUUAAAAUUGCAUUGCACAUAGGUAUAUAACUGAAUCUACAAAAAAUUUUAAAACUCUAUUUUUAUGCGAACUAGUUAAAUAAUAUUAAUUAAAAAAAUUGCUAGUGUUUCAAAAUUAAAGAUUAACAGAAGAUCCCAUAAACUUUUUUCGGAGAACACUGAUUGCUUCAUUGAAGAAAAACAAAAAGACAAAGUGUCAAAGGGAAAAAGCUCUAGAGAAAAAACUUUUUUCCACGAAUCGAACUGCUUGUAACUUACAAUUAAACGAAAUUCGAAAUAGCUCUAUUUACGAACCAACUUAUAUCCGUUACAUAAACAAUAAUUUAAACAUAGGGCACUAUGCCAAAAUCGAAACCAUUGCAGUUCGAUAACAUAAACUCCUUACAAAGUAAUGUUACGAAAACUGUACAUUUGAAAUGACUUAAGGAUCGACAACUUCCUGUAAUGAAUAGCACCAACAACACGACUACAGACAUUCCUAUUUUUUCGACAACAUCGCUAGCUUCAAAAUUGGACGAUGAACUGGACCAGUCCGGAUUAGAAGCCUUCCUCUUAUCCCUCGACUUCAUCCUGGCUUUUGUUAAUUUGAGCGGCAACACUCUCACCAUAGUCGCUUUAAACUUGAGCAAAAAGCUCUCGGCACUUCUUUCCAAUCAGUUUAUAUUCAAUUUAGCCCUGAGCGAUAUCCUAGUGGGUCUGAGCAUCCUCUACCACGAUCUGUUUUAUAUAGGUGUUGGCUACGAAAAAAUCAAGUACCUUUGCAUCCUAAAAUUCGUUUUCAUAUUUUUCGCUUGCUCGAGUUCCAUUUACAAUCUUUUCGGCAUCGCGGCAGAUAGAUACCUGGCAGUGGUCUACCCCUUGCACUACAGCAAGUACAUGACCAAGAAGGUGGCCCUUUUAAUAAACUGCACAGGGUGGAUUACGGCACUUUCGUUAGCCAUGACCAUUCUAUGGUGGAACAAUUACGAUGAAGCACAUCAGGAUUGCAAAUUGGUAAAUGUUGUACCAGAAGCUUACACCACUUACGUAACGACACCCAUGUUUGUCAUGAUUUGGAUGGUCAUGCUUGUUCUGUACGCAAAAAUAUGGAACGAAGCGAGAGUACACACGAAAAGGUUGAAGAAUGCAAUGGGGUGCAUACGUGGUACAGUACCAGAUGAUUCGAAAUCUAUUCAGUUAAUAUGUUUCAUAUUGGGUUGCUUCUCGAUCUGUUGGCUGCCUUAUUUCAUAUACAUCAUGGUGGUAAGAAUUUACGGUCCUGUAUACAGCAAUCAAGUGUACGAAAUUGCCUUCACCAUGGCAAUGGCAAAUUCGUGUAUGAACCCGAUAAUAUACGCAUGGAAAAAUAAAAACUUUCGGACUGCCUUCUGGUGCCUUUUGCACUGUAAAUCGCCCAAUUCGGUCCACAAGAGGAAUUUCGUCACGAAUCACGUACCGAAUAUAAAACGAUUAUCUGUCUGUAAUGUAGCCUCGAAUUUUUCAUUCGACGAUCAUGACGCUGAAAUGAGUUGUUCCGAGAGGAAAGGAAGCGACGCCAAUUUUAGCGUUCAAACUACAAAUUCCAGCUUGCAUUAUUAAAAGGCAAAGCUGAAGCCUAACGUUUUAUGUGUCGUUGUACAAUAGGUACAAUAUUUUGUUGUAAAUAAAAAUGCCUAAUGAAAACAUAAGUGUGUUUUCUUUUUUAAAUACCUCAAUUCAUCUGAUAAAGAACAAGUCGUACAAAUUAAAAUACUUAAACGAAAUGAAGUUUA